AUGGCGGACCAAACAGACAAUCACCAGGGGAACUGUUUUAAGGAUUUUCGUUUCUUGCCUUUCCCUACUCCUCCUGGUUCUCGUUCUUCGUCGUAUCCAGCGCCUCAGUUGCUUGAGAAUCUGCCGCUACGAACGGCUAAGGGCUCUUCUGAUAUACCGUUUGUUCGAGACUAUGGACAGGAAGCUUCUCCCAUUGAAUAUUCAAGUGGCAGUGAGUCUUUCCCAUUGAGAAACGCCGAGUCUCAGCAGGCCGCCAUGUCUAGAAACCGUGGUUCUCGCUUUCCAUCUGCUCUUCCUGCAGCUCUUCCUGCUGCGGCUGCCACCACAACCGCCCAGCCCCAGCCGUCUCUAAUCCGCACGCAAUUCGAACAGGUCACGGCGCACACGGCAAAGUGCGACCUGUGCAACGCCAGAAACGACUCGGGCAUGUCCCGAUGUUCAUCAUGCGGCUGGCAAUCCUGUCAUACCUGCACUAUUAAGAAUGGCUGUACCAGAACGCACAACGCAGGAAGCCGUGUGCAUACCGGUCCGAUUCACCAAAACGAGCUUUUCCAGUCGAAGACCUCGCCAAAAGAUAAAAAGAAGAGGGGGAAAUGUAGCAGCAAGGUUACCAAAAACCAGAAGGGCUCGGUGAGAUGCAGGAGUGGACGCGGACGGGAACCAGCGCAGACACCCCGCACACAAUCCCAGGCCCGGACCCAGAGAGGCCAGAGACAGGGUGCUUAUACGGCUCGCACUCCCAGUCCCAGCAUCAGUCCCACCCCACGCGCCAUCAUCUCUCCUCCUCUUUCUCUUUCCACGGACUCUAAUGAUCGCCAGUCUGAUUCUGCACUUCUUCUCGACAACUCAACCUUCUCCCCGUCCACUACAACCGACGUCGACGAUGUCGAAGCCGAGACAGACAAGGACCUAUCUUGCGCUAGGAACUUGUAUGCCUUCAGCCUCGAGGCGCACGGGGCAUGGAUACAAGAGGAGCGAGAGAAGGACCCAGUGAGGAGGUGGUACUAUCAGACGUUUGGACUGGGAGAUCUUCAUGGAUAUGCGCAGAACCAGGCAGCUAGGGCUGUGGAGGAGUUUAGGAGGAGAGAGGUUGUGGAAAAUGAUAGGGGGAGGUUUGGCCGUUUUGAGGGUGGUUUGUUGGGUUGUGGUUUGUUGUGAGGGAUGGCCUAUUUUCCUUGUUGGGUACGGUGUCUGGGAGUUUUUGGAUGUUAUGAAUAGAUCAUCUCAGGGCCACAAUGAUUAUGACUGUAAAUAGAGUAAAGAAAAACGAGU